AUGAAGGUCACCAACCACUCCGAUGUGCCCGUCUACACCAUCUCGGGCUCCGACACCGCCCGCCCGCUGCCCGAUUGGCUGGCCCGCAAGCGCAAGCGCAGCCUGAAGCAGGACGCCGAGUACGCCCAUCGCAUCGAGCUGCUGCAGGACUUCGAGUUCGAGGAGGCCAGCCAGUGCGUGCGCGCCAGCGAGGAUGGCGACUGGCUCAUGAGCACCGGCACCUACAAGCCGCAGAUCCAUACCCACUACCUGCCGCACCUGUCGCUGUCCUACGCCCGCCACACCAACACCAUCAACCAGACUUUUUUGCUGCUCUCCGAAGACUACACCAAGUCGCUGCACUUGCAGACCGAUCGCUUCCUCGAGUUCCACAACCCCGGCGGCCUCCACUAUACCACCCGUAUACCCCGCUAUGGCCGCGAUCUCAAGUACGACCGCCGCUCCACCGAGGCUCUCAUCCCCGCAGUCGGCGUCAAUGAGGAUGGCAUGGGCGAGGUCUUCCGUCUGAACCUGGAGCUUGGACGCUUUAUGAAGCAGUUUGAGAUUGACGUCGGUGGCGACGACUACACAAGCAUGGGCGGCGGAGCGUUGCAGGGUGGCAUCAAUACCGGCAGUGUCAAUGUUGCAGCAAUUGCUGAGGAGUCGCACAAUCUUCUGAGCUUCGGCACGUCAAUAGGCACAGUCGAGUUCUGGGAUCCCAGAUCGCGGAGCCGUGUUGGCAUACUCUCGCUUCCCCCGGACGCAUCGUAUGGUGACGAGAAGGUUGGUAUCACCGCCCUCGAAUUCGACCGCAGCGGCCUCACGCUUGCUUCUGGUACCUCCAACGGCCUGGUCCAUCUGUACGAUCUGCGUUCUCCCGUGCCUCUCUUGAAGAAAGACCAAGGUUUCGGUCUGCCCAUCCAGAACAUCAUCUUCCUGCAAUCGAAGACCCGGUCCGCACAACAAACAUCGGAGCCGAAGAUCCUCACGUCAGACAAGCGCAUCAUCAAGAUCUGGGAUCAAAGAGACGGCAAGCCCUGGACACACGUAGAGCCAGCUGUGGACAUGCAUCACGUCGAAUGGGUCAAGGACAGCGGCAUGCUCCUUACCGCCAACGAAGGCAAGCAGCAGCACUGCUUCUUCAUCCCCCAGCUUGGCCCGGCACCCAAGUGGUGCGCUUUCCUGGACAACGUCGUCGAAGAAAUGGCCGAGGAUCCCGACGACCCCAACGCGUUCGGCGGCCACAAGGCUGGCGAGGUCUACGACAACUACAAGUUCCUGACUCUGAAGGAGCUGGAGCAGCUCAACAUGGCGCACCUGGUCGGCACGACGAGCCUGCUGCGGCCGUACAUGCACGGUUACUUCGUCGCGCAGAAGCUGUACGAGGAAGCCCGCCUCAUCAGCCAACCGGAGCUGUGGCAAGAGCAGCGCACCAAGAGCAUCCAGGAGCGCAUCAACAAAGAGCGCGAGAGCCGCAUCCGCGGCAACAAGAAGGUUCAAGUCAAGGUCAACCGCCGGCUGGCAGAGAAGUUACAGGAGCGCGAGGAGAAGAACGAGCGCCGCAAGGCGCGCCGCGUGCUCGAGCGCGGCGGCGACGACGACGCCGACGACGCCAACGCCGUGCAAGCACCAUCGAAGCCGGUCGACGAAAACGUCGGGGGCUCGGACGACGACGAGGACGCUGCUGCCGCCGUCGCCAACAACAAGCCCGUCGGCGCCCGCCUGCUCAGCGACCCCCGUUUCGCCCAGCUCUUCCAGGACGAGGACUUCGAGGUCGACGAGGGCAGCCGCGAGUUCCAGUCCAUCAACCCCAGCACCAACCCCGCCGCGCGCAAGCCGCAGGGCCUCACCGCGGUCGAGGAAGAGGCGCUCGACGACCGCCGCCGUCACGGCGCGUCGUCGGACGAGGACGACAGCAGCGAAGACGACGAGGACGCUGCGGACCAGCGCCGCAGCCGCGAUGCGAAGAAGUGGAACGCCGCGCCUUCUCAGCAACAGGAGAAGGAAAAGGACACGGGCCGCAUCUCGUCGUCGACGUACAAGAAGUCGGGCCACCGCCCCAUGCCGCAGAUGGUCGUGUCGUCGUCCAAGAAGAAGCCGUCGCAGACCAACCGCGACAGGUCGUUCGGCGCCCGCGCCGCAAACCUGAAGGGCAAGCCCAGGACCGGCGGCGCCGCCGCUGCCGGGGGUGCCACCGUCGUCGGCGAGAGGGAGAUCACGUUCGCGCCUAAGGGAAGGGAGAAGCCGCAGCGCGGCCCUAGGGAGGGUGGUGAUGAGGGGGAGAGUGGCAGGAGUAGGAAGCGGAUGGAUCGGAGGAGCGCGAGUGGAAACACUUUUAGGAAGAUGUAG